AUGGUUGCAUCAGAGGGCACGAUAUGUCCGAUCAGCUGGGUGAAAGAGACGCUGUUUCCGUACGCCCUCAAGGCGCUCCCCAAGGUGCUCGCCACGAAGUGGGAUGACGAGGGAUUCAAGGGCUACCGCGACAAAUUUCCCGAAACCGCCCGCUCAUCGCGGGCGCUGUUCGAGGCGCAUGUCAAGGAUCUUACCGCACGGGACGUCAAGGUCGCGUACCUGAAGGACUUGCAAGGCUAUCUUUGGGAAGAAGGGUAUCGAUCCCGCGCGUACUCGACACCCGUGUACGCCGAUGUGCUAGCGUGGAUGGACGGGUUGGCCUCUUCUCCUGCCACCGCCAUCGCCAUCUACAGCAGUGGGUCGAUCUUUGCGCAAAAGCUGCUGUUCCAACAUAUCAAGGACCCCGCCAGGCCCGAAGACCUCGAGGCCGUUGUUGAUCGCCGAGACAUGGUCACGGCGUGGUUCGAUACCACGAACGCGGGUCCCAAACACGAGAGCAGCAGUUAUGCCAAGAUUGCGUCCGAGCUCCAGCGGGAGCCAGAGGAGAUAUUGUUCCUGAGUGACAAUGUGAAGGAGGUGCGUGCGGCCCGUGACGCGAACUUUCACGCCGUUGUCGUGGACAGGCCCGGGAAUGCGCCCCUAUCGAAUGCGGAUCGAGAGGAGCUUCAGGUCGUGGAGAGCUUCGGACAGCUUGAGUUACGGUGA